AACACACAGUUUAUUAUUAAUUGUGACUUUUACAACUACCUAUCCAUGGGCAGGGAACUACUUAUUCUACCACGACAGCUAAGAUUGAUAUACAAACUUCCAACUACUGUGAAGACCUAUCGUGGAAUUUACAACAUGGCUACUGCAACGCAAGUCAAGCUCUCCACAUCGGAUGCCGGUGUGUUCUCUCACAAGCCAAGAGAAGACUCGGCCCAACGCGCCAGUGAGCUCUUGCAGAGAGAUAUGAAGGAACAUCAUAUUUUCUUCAAUGAGAAGAGGUUCCAUAAUCACAUUGUUCAUCAUCUGCUCACUCUGUUUUCGUUGGGAGCCUCACCGGAAGAAAUACAGGACGCUUAUGACCGCGGACAUAGCUAUCAGCGAAAAGCGUAUCCGGUGGAUAACAAAGUCGUGCAUGCUAUUAUUGAAAAAUCGACUUUCAAGGAUUAUCUAGGAAAGGAGGAGCAUUACUCGAAUUUUCUUGCCUUUUUCCAGCAAGAGAUUAGCACUAAGGGUGUUGCAGAAACUCUUCAAGAACAUAUCUUUGCAGAAGAUGAACAUGCAGAUGACCUAUUGGGCAGGCUCUUCUCAGGCUUGAUUCAUCCUAUAAUUCAUCUCGGUUUCGGUAUUGAAUUCAAUCAACCAGCCAUCAUUGCCGAAGGCCUCGCCGAGGCUGCAGUACAUGAAGGAUGGGUGAGGCCAUAUCUCCAGGGCGCUGAGGACGCAGCAGGAGGGAUUGGCUCAAAGCCGGGAAAGACCUUAACGGAGCUCGUACACGAACUCCGCCAGGACGAGGAGAUACUUUCUAGUGUCCGUCACGACGAUGCUAACCAGAUGAGAGAUGGGGUAUUGAAACGUACCCCGGAGAAGAUGAAGCAUUAUGCCAAACAAUAUACGGUGUCGCCGGAGACACUGAAGGAACAAUUGGCUGAGAUGAUCAAUGCGUUAAUCUACAUUGCCGCUGCUUCCCAGCACCCACCGAAUGUAGUCAAGUAUGAAUUUAUUCUUAUACACGCCGUGAAUUGUUCUAUCUUCUUUUCCGCUAUUUUGGACCGUCCCUGGAUCAGCACCCGCGCAAAAGUCCGCUUGCUUGAGUGGAAAGGCCGCAUGGACCUACUUCUAUAUGCAUCUCGUCAUUGUCCUCCCCUCUAUCUUAGCGAAGUAACGAGCUACUCAAUCGCUAAAACUUGGGACGAGGUUAUUCAAGCCGGCAAUACCCACAAAGAGGAUGACGGGCACGUUGUUAAACUUAUUAGGGCUAUAGCACACGGCGAACAGAUUACCGAUCCUCUUGAGAAGCAGGGAAAGGCUAAAGGUUUGAAAAUGCAUGGGAAUGCAUGGCUUAAAGCUGCCAAUAUGGGUUCGCCGAUAUUCCCCCAUGCUGUCGAUGAUAACCAUACAAAAUAAGGGCUUAUGCUAAUUUGAGCCGUCUCUAUCAAUAUAGCAAUUGAUUCCACGGCGACUUCGACGAACAGAUGGAUUUUCGGAAAUGGUUUCGAAGAAACAUGGGCAGGCAUUCCUAAACGUGCGCAACUCUAAUAUACCUAGGUACUAAGGUAUGCACCUCCCGAGGUUGCCUCAGGGCAACUAAGUAUCUUUUUUAUUGAGAGUGCGAUGCGUCGAAUACUCAUAUGAAUAUACAGUCAGAUUGAGUUAACUUGGCUAGUUGGGCUUCCAAGGCUGUGUGUAUGACUUAGGGUUGGCCUUCUGGAAAACCGCCCCGGCGUCUUUAUGAGUUUCCUGUGGCAGGCAAUUUAUGAAAUCAAAUCUUGGUGAUUUUUAAAUUGAAUGUAGUAUAGUUCGCGGGAGGCAUCAA